CUGUCAUUUUCUUCGUAUAGAGACAUAAUAGUAAUGUAAAUUAAACAAUUAUUAAGUGUUCAAUAUUAAUACUAGGGCUAUCAUGACCAGGUUCUAUAUCGUGUGGUUUCGAAAUAAAAACAGUUACAUCAACUCAGAUUCGCAACUUUUGAACUUACCUUCGAGCACAUCUUUGGCACUUUCUUGUCCGACAACUCGGGAUCGCCAUAUUGAAUAGAGGUGGGGUUACCUGAGUUGAAAACAAAAAACAAAACGACCUAGCUGGCGGUCAUUUUUUACGUACUUACGGGGGAUUCUCUGUGUGUUGAUAGUUGAAUGUUGAAUGGGUGCAGUCAUGUUGGGUGAUAAGGAAUAUAAAACGUUUUGGACGUUAAUCAUCGUCGUUUUAGCAGCAACAGAUUUCACCAUGCCCAUCCAGGUGCAAUGUACCCCCAAGAGACACAUUGUAAUUCUCUUCCAACCAGUCAAACUCACCUGUAACUACGACACAUCCUCAACUAAGCCACCCAUUGUUACAUGGAAAUACAAAUCUUAUUGCCAGGACCCAAUUAAGGCUGCAAUGAAUCCUGGCAGCACAGAGAGCAUUGCCCAGAGCAACCCAAGCUAUGACCCCAACAUUGAGUGCUCUGACUCUCAAAGGUCUGUGCGAUCUGUUGCCUCAAAACAAGGCGGUGCUGUUUCUUUUGGGAAGGAGUACGUAGGACGCAAGAUGAGCAUCAUAAACAAUGCAGAUCUACAUAUUGCACAAACAGCAUGGGGGGACAGUGGUGUCUAUGUCUGCUCUGUAGUGUCCCCCGAAGAUCUUUCAGGAAAUGGUGAAGACUACACCGAACUCAUUGUUCUGGAGAGAAAGUCAAUUACAGCUGACCUCUUACCUGGCAUUGAUUUACUCGUUAUGACAGGUAGUAUAAACCUCUUAAUACAGUUUAGUUAUGGGAACUCAAAGUGUUGGCAGUACAAUCAUUUAUUUCUUAACGGUAAAAUAUAUGCCUUUGUUCUAGCUCGUAGUGGCUAUCGUAUCCAUGUGGACCCUGAUGGCAAUGCCACACGAGCCAUUUACUACAGGGAACAAGAGCUGGCAAAUUUGGACCCAAUCAAGCCUGCUUUUUUUAAUGGCUGGGAAAAUAUGAGUGAGGUCAGCUCACUGAAAGACCAUCCAGAACCCAGAGGCCAUGGGAGUCGAACCCAGCCAUUACAUUUGGCUAGAGGUUUUGACCAAGCUGAAACUAUGAGUACAAUCAGCAGUGUUUCGCAACAGUGCCGUCGCCACGAUGACUACCCAUAUCACAGCAGAGGCUACAAAGGUGAUCGCCUUCGUGCCCAUUCUAUGGAUGACCUGGACAACAUUGGUCGUGGCUAUAAAAGAGACGAUGCUCCAUAUCACCCAGACAAGGCCAGAGGAAGAAGAGGUUCAGAUGAGUGGACUAACAGUGCCAGAAGCAACUGCAGCAGUGACUACAGACGUCCUGACUUUGACACUGACCGACAUAGAAAAGGAGAAGAGAGACCCUACUAUGGACCUCGAGGGAGACAAAGUCGCAGCCGUGAUGAUCUCAUGGACAUGGAGAGGGAUCGGCACUAUGGUGGUGCCACCAAAUCUAGACAAGAGGAAUAUGAUGACAUGUUCUUAAGAAAGGCAAUGGAAAAGAAUAAAAUCAUCAAGCAGGAACAGGCAUGGAGCCAGGAGAAAACCUACCCAAAUUGUGGUCCACCACCCCUCCCUGCAAACCCACCUGCUGGACACCCAUGUCGUCAAGAAAACCUUCCUUCUCUUGCUCCACUAUCAUACAUUGAAGAUAAAGCAAAAGGGAAAUCUAAUCUUUCUAAGGAUGGAGCUGUGAGCCGAGAGAGCCUGGUUGUGUAACAAAAAUAGUAAAAAGGAGCCAAUGGUUUCAGAAACCAAAUGUUGCUGUUAAUUCUAAUCUUCUGUGCUUUUAUAUUACAUUUUUUACUUUGGGCAACGAACUCCAAAUUAAACAAUUUAUAGGAGAAUGACAGUAUCCAUGUUCAGUGCAUUUGUCCAUGUUAACUUGUAAAAACAUGUCCAUAGUUUGUUUUAAUCUUGUCUUUAAUGCGUAUGAAAAUCAUAUUAGGUUGGGGUUUUCUAUUUAAUUGUUUUUUACAUAUACUGUAUAUACAAAGCUCUAUAGGAAAACAUUGCUUUUGGGUUUAUUUGGAGGAUUUUUUUUAUUGAUGUGCAUCUUGUUUUUUUCCCUUCAAGUUUUUAUAUACUGUACAUUUCAAUAAAAAGAAGGCAUUCAAAUGUUUUUUUUUUUCCAAAAAGACUGAUUGGUUCUUCAGAACACCUUUUUAUUUUUAUUUUUUGACAUUAUUCUAAUUCCUGCGAAAAACAGUAUUUUUUUUUCUUUUGUUGCCUUUUAUUUCUCUUGUCCAUGUAUAAUUUUUUCAAUAAAUCACUCAUCAACUCGU